AUGGGUUCCUAUUGUGUUGUGAGUCGAAUUGAAGUAGUUGUUCGAAUUCCUUAUGAUAUGCAACUGAAACAAGUUCUUGCGAAUGGUAAAAUGGGCGGUUUGAAUGUGGGGGUUGUUCUUAUUUUACCCGAAGGGUUUGAAUUAGCCCCCUCCCCUCCUCCCCAUCGUAUUUCUCCCGAGAUAAAAGAAAAGAUGGGCAUCUGUCUUUUCAGAGCUAUCGUCCCACUAAAAAAAAAUAUUCUUGUGAUAGGGCCUGUUCCUGGUCAGAAAUAUAGUGAAAUCACCUUUCCUAUUCUUUCCCCGGACCCUGCGACUAAGAAAGAUGUUCACUUCUUAAAAUAUCCCAUAUACAUAGGCGGGAACAGGGGAAGGGGUCAGAUUUAUCCCGACAGGCGUAAGAGUAAUAAAAAAAAUGUUUAUAAUGCUACAGCAGUAGGUAUAGUAAGCAAAAUAAUACGAAAAGAAAAAGGAGGAUAUGAAAUAACCAUAGUUGAUGCAGCGAAUGGGCGUCAAGUGGUUGAUAUUAUCCCUCCAGGACCAGAACUUCUUGUUUCAAGAGGCGAAUCUAUCAAACUUGAUCAACCAUUAACGAGUAAUCCUAAUGUGGGAGGAUUUGGUCAGGGAGAUGCGGAAAUAGUCCUUCAAGAUCCACUACGUGUCCUUCUGCUUAAAGAAUAA